AUGAUCAUACUGCUACCAGAUGACAUCACCAAUAGAGAUAAUGGCCUGAAAAAGAUUGAAAGGACAAUGAUUGCUGAGAAAUUAGCACUUUGGACCUCCUCAGAAAGCCUGAUGGAGAGAAAAGUGGAGGUGUAUCUUCCAAGGUUCAAACUUGAGGACAUGUUUAAUCUCAAAUCAUCUUUAAAAGAAAUGGGGAUGACUGACGUCUUUGGUGAGUUAAAAGCUGAUCUUUCUGCAAUAUCAGAAAUAAAAUCUCUAUAUAUAUCAGAGGCUGUUCACAAGGCCUAUGUGGAGGUUAACGAGGAGGGCACUGAGGCAGCAGCAGCAGCCACAGGAGCAGUCAUUAACCCAAGAUCCUUGCCAUCUAGUGAACUAUUCAUGGCUGAUCACCCUUUCUUCUUCUUUAUCCGGCACAAUCCCACCAAUACCAUACUCUUCUUGGCAAACUGUGCUCUCCUUAAAAUCAAAGUACAUUUUUUGUUUUUUACCACAGCCAGGGACAGAUGGAACAAUAUUGAACUGCAGCCUGACAUGAAAUAUUAA